AUGACUCUCAAUCUGGACGACGAACUGUUCACCAGUGCAAUCUCCGGGUACCACGAAGCGUUUUUGGUCCAAUACUCCCACCUUCCGGAAUCCGAACGAAAUCAGCUCUGGAUUGAACGGCUAAGUCAGUUCAUCCCGGUUCCCGACAACCAGGAUUCCAACUGGCAGCCUGCUGAGGGCAUGGGAAAACGAGCUCGACAGGAUGCGACACCACGGACGUUGCCAUAUUCUGAUUCGGGUAUUUCUCAGGCAAAACGGAGAGCCACCACCCCGGAUCUCCCAGUCGACCUAAACCAUGGCGGCCCCUGCAUCGCCUCCUCCCCCGGCCUACCUCGGAUCGGCGCUGGCUUCUCGGGAAAAGGCUCCUAUCGACACACGGCCAUGGUGCGCCCCCAGUGGCAGCAAUUAAAGGUUUCCUACAAGCACCGACCAGCCGGGACCGUGAUAGGUAAACGCCAAUCCGUUGUCCCGGUACGGGCCCAUAGUCGGCUCAACCUUGUCGAAGAAUUUUCGCCAUCUGAGUAUACGAAGUCUUUGGACGCCUCUCCUGGUCAGCCCUUCUGCUCAGCCUUAAAUUUCCGACCCGCAGAUAAUGGACAAACCAGCCAAUUGAUCCAUCCAUACCCCAAACGGACAUCACCCUGGAUUGAUCAAACACCAGCAGUUGCGCCAGAGAUGUCUCGUAGCACGACUACCGACUCGCUAGUCGGCGGGAUCAGCAUGUUCCGCUUCGACUCGACUGAACCAUCCCACUACCAAGAACUAACCAGUUCCGUCACGUCAGAGUGGGUACCAACAUCCACCUCCGGCAUCCCGGAUCAAGGUUCCUUUCUCUCCCCCGUGUGCUCUGACCUAGAUCGUAUAUCUUCUUCCCUAUUCUCCCGUUCUCCCUUCUCCAACCCCUUAUUCUCAGCAUCCGCCCCCUCAACCACCCCGAUCCGCUACCUUAGGCCCUCUAGUUACACCCCCCAUGAGUCCAUGGAGAUGAAGCCGUUCGACUUGAUCAACGGGAGUAACUUAACAACACCACACUCGCGCGCUGCGCGCCGCACCAAAGAGCAAAUUUCCCAGGCCGCAUGCCCUAUUGCUCCAAAAGUUGAGUCCAUCAAGAGCAGCGUGUCCCAAAUUGACCUCCUUUGGACGCACCGCAUCUCAUCAGCAGACGGUACAACGAAGGAAGUCGCCGCUAUCCCCAAGGCCUCGGUGCGACGACCCCCGCGACCAAAGACAUACUGCCGUAUGUGCACAGACCAUCCAGACGGCUUUCAUGGUGAGCACGAGUUGCGUCGCCAUUUUGAGCGCGUGCACUCAUCCAUCCGCACGGUCUGGGUCUGCGAUGAUAUCUCGCCUGGCAAGUACUUCCUUGCAAACUGCAAGGCUUGUCGCAAUGGGAAGCGGUAUGGCGCAAACUAUAAUGCUGCUGCACAUCUGCGCCGCACGCAUUUCAAUCCAUGUGAGCGGGGUCGUGGCGGGCGCGGCAAAGAUAGUGAGAAGCGCGGGGGGAAAGGGGGAGGUAAUCAGCCUAGUAUGGAAAUUUUGAAAUAUUGGAUGUUUGCCGCUGAGGAAGUCACCGAUGAGGCGGCUGGUGGUGACUCCAACUCAAGGCGUCUGAUUCGGAGUCCUAGCUGUGUUUCGACUAAGGAUCCUGGAUACCAGCUUGCGGUUGCUGCAUGUCGCCUGGUGGAGGAUCAACCUCCCUACGUUGUGGAGUCAGCUCUGCCGAGGGAGGCUGACACGUUUCCCGGGUUUCCUGAUGCGCCGUUUGAGUUUGAUUUUGAGCUGGACCUUGAACUCGACCUCGACGUUGAGCAGUCAAUGAGUUCCUCUUUCUCUGGUUCACAGUCAUCCUGCAGGCCUAAUCUUGAUUCGUAUGUCACAUGA